UGGUUUUCUUUUCUUUUCUCGUCUCUCCUCCUGUAACGCAGAAGUUAGUAACGGUAAUAUAUACAAACACAAAGCGUGCAACCGCAAGAAUGCUGUCGAAACGUUGAACCGCCGCCGCGAGCAUGAAGAGGCCCCUCAGCCUAAUCCCAAGAACCUCCCGAGCUCUCCCGCUCCGCCGCCCGGCGGCGGCGACCGCCGUCGCGCGAACUCGCGGCUCGCCGGCUCGCGCUUACCGCUCCGCGUCGGCUCCGCCGGAGACCCGGUCGCGAGCGCCCGGAUGCGAGAGCGCCCUCCCGGCGGAGCCGCCAGCGGCUCGAGCCAGGGCCAGCCCGGCGCCGUCUUGGCACGUCGUCCAGGCCUCUCUGAUGAGCCUCGUCGAGGGCCGCGUCCGUUCGGACUGGUGGGGCUCGUCUUCUCCUCUGUUCCUCCAGUUCGGCGAGUCGGUCGGCAGCGAGCUGUGCAGGCACUUGAUCAGACGUUGCACGGGCCAGGGCAAGCACCUCCAUUCGGUGUUCGUGUUCAUCCAGAUGCAGAGAGUCGGCGCGCGUCCCGAUUCUUUCACCUUCGCCCCGGUCCUCAAGUCCGUCGCGCGGUUGUGCCUCCGAGAGAUGGGGAGAUCCGUGCACGCUUAUGCGGCCAAGGCGAACUUGGAUGGCGAUGUUUACGUGGGUACUUCGCUCGUCAAUUUCUAUAGUGGUUGUUCGUUGAUUGGGGAUGCCCGUAAGGUGUUUGAUGAGAUGGGUGAGAGGAAUUCUGUUUCUUGGAAUGCGCUGAUAACUGGUCACGCCCAUAAUAGGAAAUUCGCGGAAGCUCUCGAUUUGUUUAGGGAGAUGCAGGCUGAUGGGGUGGAACCGACCGAGGUCACCAUGGUGGGGGUUUUAUCUGCUUGCGCUCACUUGGGGGCUUUGGGCCUCGGAAAGUGGGUUCAUGAGUAUAUCGACUGCCACGGAUUAAAGUUGAAUGAGUUUCUGGGUACUGCACUCGUGGACAUGUAUGCCAAAUGUGGAGCUGUAACGGAGAUGGAGAAGGUAUUUAUGGCAACGAGAGUAAAAAAUGUCUAUACAUGGAAUGCCUUGAUUUCAGGCUUCGCCAUGAAUGGACGUGGUGAAGCUGCUUUACAGGCUUUCUCUAGGAUGGUAAUGGAGAACCUGAAGCCUGAUGGUGUCACAUUUUUGGGCAUAUUGUGCGCUUGUUGUCACGAGGGUCUUGUUGAUGAGGGGAAGAGGUACUUCAGGAUCAUGAAGGAGGAGUUUGGAUUGCGACCGGGACUUGAGCAUUAUGGAUGUAUGGUAGAUUUACUUGGUCAAACUGGAUUGUUUAGUGAGGCUCUACAUCUAAUCCAGAAUAUGGACUUGAAACCAGAUCCAAUCAUUUGGAGGACUCUGCUAGGUGCUUGCCGAACUCAUCGGAAUGUUCCGUUGGGCAGGUAUGCAGCGAGGAAGCUUCUUGAGUUGGAGCCUACUAAUGCGGACAAUUAUGUUUUGCUUUCGAAUAUAUAUGCUCAGGAUUCUAUGUGGGAUGAAAUAGCACAAUUGAGGGCAAUGAUGAACCAAAAAGCAAUUCCCAAAGUGGCUGGAUGCAGCUCAAUUGAAAUUGGGAAUGCAAUUUAUGAGUUCAUUGCAUCGGAUUGUCUAAAACCAGAGGUGCGUGACUUGUUAGAUGACAUAAGGAAGGAACUGAAGCAGGUUGGUUAUGCUGCAAACACUGGCUUGGCCUUGUAUGACAUUGAGGAAGAGGAAAAGGAAAGUUCCGUUGCAUUUCACAGCGAGAAAAUUGCUUUGGCAUUUGGCCUUAUGAAAUCUCCUCCUCGAUCCACUCUAAGAAUAGUCAAGAAUCUUAGAGUUUGUCAAGACUGCCAUGUCUUCUUUAAGCUAGUUUCAUUGGUCUAUAAGAGGGAGAUCAGCCUUCGAGAUAGAAAUCAGUUCCAUCAUUUUGCUGGAGGCUCGUGUUCCUGCAGGGAUCACUGGUGAUACCUCCGUUACAGCUGAUGGCAGAAAGUGCUUGCUCUUGCAUCCACCUCUUUUUUCCCAGGAUACAUUCGGUGGGAAUUUGUCAAUGGAGCUUAAUCUAUUGUCAUUGUAAAUCUGCACCAGAUGAAUUGUUUAAGUGAAGUGGAAUGCGUAAAGGCUUCCGUGAGGGGUUAUUAGCCAAGUCUGGUCCUUGUCUACAAUAUAAAGCCAUUGGACGUUCUUGAACUAUCAAGAGCUCCUUCCAUUUGCACUGAAUCUGGUUCAUGCUUGUGGGUUCAUAGCAGGCUGGAGGACUUGAAGUGAAGAUCUUUUGCUCUAUGUGGAGAUGAAGAUGAAGAUUGAGAACUUAUUGCUCCCUUUACGAAUGUCUUUCUCUCAUCCGUCUCGGAGAACUUGUUCUUCUUGUCCUACAGUUGAGAUGCUGAAUCAUCUCAGCUGUCAAGCAGUUCUUGCUAUCACCCACCUUGCCUCUUCUGAAGAAUGCAUCAUAUCCAACACUUAGCUCCUCAUAAGUGGAGUUCAUGCUAAAGGUUCCGUUCUUGUUGGCUUCUAAGCUCCUCAGAUUCUUGAGACUGUAGAGUUUUAUUAUCUCCCGAACUACUCUCUUUCUUUCUUCUUCCUUUGAAAAUGGAAAACCCAAGAACUCAGCCAAUAACUUCACAUGGCCUCAAGUGUCUCUCUUUACAUCUUCAUAAUGGAAGAAAAGCACUUUCUUUGGUUCCUCUAGACUUGUUCUGUAAUAUCCCAACACAUGAUCCCAAAAGGGUCCUGCAAGAGAAACCCUUCUGCAGAAUUUCUCAAACACCUCUUGUAAACAAAUUGAUUCUCUCUCCUAUCUUUACCUUCUCUGCUAGGAAAAUCCAAUAAGAGACGAGAACAUCACCAGCAUUUCUAGCUGCAUAAACUAUCUUUGAACCACUCUUACUGAUGGAAUUCGGCUGUGCAGUGUAAGAGAUCUGAGUUGAAAGUAGUUUUGGAGAGGGAAUGGCAUUCAAACUAGCAACAAGGUCAUUCUCAUAUGCUUGGAAUUCUAAGACAAGCACGUAAAUAUGAGGACUCGUUCUGAGCAAAGGGUGUGAUAAGGGAUCGAAUUAGUGUGCUCUAACUAUGGCAUAGAUUAAAGCCUGCCACAUCGUGCCACAUUAUGGGAAGGUGGCCAAGC